CUCCGCUCCGCCUGCAGGUGUUUCAGAAUCGUCCACAAUGGAAGCAGUUAAGGACAUCACGGAGACGGCGGCCGUGGACCUGGGGGACCUGCUGGACGCCGGGGACGACGCCGUGGUGAUACUCGAGGCAGGUGACACGAGGCUGGUGGCGCACAGGGCCGUCCUGGCGGACAGGAGCCCUGUGUUCGCCGCCAUGUUCGCCCACGACACCCUCGAGGCCAGCAGCGGCGCGGUGAGCAUCCCGGACGUGGGGGGACCGGUGCUGAGGCAGCUGGUCUCCUACCUGUACACCCUGCGGGCCCCCCAGCUGCCCAGCACGGCCCCCCAGCUGCUGGCCGCAGCGGAUAAAUACGGGGUGUCGGGGCUGAAGGGGGAGUGCGAGCGGCAGUCCGCCACUCCUGCAGUGACCUCAAGCACGCUGCACUGGCGUUCAUUAAGACCUGUCCGUUCGAGGUGA